UUGGGCAGAGUUUGGGCAAACUGCCGUCGUGAGAAACAGCCAGCAGUGCACAAUGCCGGCUCUAAAAGGACUCCGUUGUUUUAUUCACCUUGUCAUUAGUCGCAUAACAGCAACGCAACUGCCUUAGAGAGAUGGGUUUUUUUUUAACAAGCUUGUAGUGCGGUGAGUGUUUAAAGCGGAGCUUGGGUCCCCGGGUGGCUGAAUAGAGUAGAACAAUCCAGUAGGCAGACACAGAGAGAGAGAGAGAGAGAGAGAGAGCGAGAGACUCCGGACAACCCAAACACGGACGGUUAGCAGACAACUAUCCAACAACGACGGCCUGACAGCCAUUUAAUAAACUAUUUAGUCCGCGGUUUUUAUUUAAAAAAUGUGACCAAGUGAGAAGGACGGCUUGCCCGGGACUGUCGGACACACAUGACAACUUCGGUGGUCGUGAGAGGCGCGCCAUGGCAUCUCAGUCGAGUGAAGAAAGGAACCGUCUUCGCCUCCGUGCUUGGGAACAGAGGAACCAAGAGACCAGCCAAGCCGCAGAACUCGCCUCUGAGAAUGUGCCACUCUUUGGGGUACCAUACAAGACAAAUAAAGGGGAUGAGCUCUCCAAUCGAAUCCAGAGGAUGCUUGGGAGUUACGAAGAUGUGAAUAAUCCAUAUCCCUUCUCUAUUGAGCCUUUACCCAUUCCUACUAGUGUAUCCUUCUCACAGUCCGAUCGGGGUCCGCCAAACCCUGAUAAACCAAACAAGCCUCCAUUCCACAAUCAAGUCCAUGACCUGUCUGCCCAGAUUCUGAAAUCGCUAUCUAGUAACAGAUGCCCCUCUCAACCCUUGAGGACGUCCGCUGCCUCUCCUUCUCCGAACCACUGCGGACAUUCAUCCACUUUCUCAAAGGAUUGUUUGAGCAACAGUCAGCUCAGCCCAUCAGUACAUCAACAAAAGAGGAGUGAGGUGCACUCUGAUCUCAGCGAGUAUGUCAGCCUUUCCGAUCCAAUCUCUCCUCAGUCUCCCGAUGCGAAGCCUCUACCCUUCCCGCAUUCCAGUGACCACGAUAACAAUGGCGAGGACAUUAAGGAAAUGGAUGCUUCCACUUUUAACCUAAAACAGUCCCCCGGCGAUGUGUCUGUGCUCCAGGCGAAUGUGGGCAAUGCCCUACCUUCACAGACCUUCCCUUCGCUCCUGUUGUCAAAGCAGCCCAGCGUAGUCAUGACCAGGAAGCCAACGGCGUACGUGCGGCCCAUGGAUGGUCAGGACCAGGUGGUCAGCGAGUCCCCCGAGCUGAAGUCUUCACCGGAGCCAUAUGUACCGCUGUCUGAGUUAAUUAACAAAUCUGAUCUGUGCAGAACUAAGAUACUGUCGCCAUUUUUGGAGGAUAAGUCAGAUGAAGUUCUCUGUGUCAAGGACAUCUUAAGGGAAAUGACCCAAACGUGGCCCCCUCUCCUGAUAACCCUACAUACACCCAGCACAAAUGAACCCUCCAAAUCCCUGCUCCAAGUCAAGGAGAAAAAGCAAGUCUCUUCAUGUCCAGGACAAAAAACCUGUGAUUCAUCUCCUGCAGAUCCAGCUCAGCUCGUCCAGCAGGGCUCCCCAGCUUCAUUUGAGGCUGCACAUUCAAGAGGUGUCGAGUCCGCAAGCUCCAGCGAUUCAGAGAGCAGCUCGAGGUCUGAGUCGGAGAGCGAAGGCACCAUCGAGGAGCCCCCUCAUCUCCCUGUGAGCAUCUCCAACGUCAAAACCGAGCCUGAUGUUCCAGCGGUGGCCCAGGUUGAUUGGCAGUUGGGGAACUGGAUUCGGUCCAGCCAGCAGAACUCCAGCGCCAAGAGUCAAAGCGGCGCGCAUGCCUCUCGGAGCCCUGCUCCCAGCCGGCCGCCGCCCUCCCAAAGUUCACAGCUUUCAGUCAGUGCAGAGGUCGUCGACCCAAACAGGGAGUCCAAACCUCAGCUUUCACCCCACCAGAGAGAGUUUGCUGAUCGGCUCGUAAGGCUCCAGCAGCACAGCAAAAUCUCUCAGGACAACUAUAACCAUCAAAGUAACCAACGUUUGAAUAGCUGUAGCAGCUCUAGGAAACUUUCAUUCAACAAGGACUCCUCAAUACCGGAGGCGGCAGCUUGCCCAGAUCGCAGCGAGGCUCCAAACGUUGUGAAGUGUGAGGAAGUUGUCGCCACACAAGACAAAGACACCCGUUUCCCAGAUAGACCCACGGUCAAAACGAAAACGGGACGUAGCAAGAGAAGCAAGGAUAACUGUGAUCCUAAAAGAGACCGGAACCGGACUUCCAAACACGCGUUGCUCGACAAGCGGAAGGCUGUAGAAGAGUCUGAAGGUGCCGUGGGUCUGUGUGGUCAUUGUCCAUCAUGUGGUGUGCAAUAUCCGAUCCCCUGCUCCUGCCCCACCCAAAGUCGCGCUCGACCUGACCAGCUGUUGCCGACCCGACUUAAAAUCAGCAGUAACAAAGAGCCUGAGACCAUCUGCAAAAGGGGGACCAAGACUCCUCUCAAAACAACCAUCAAGAGCUCGGAUAAGACCGGUCAGACAGCUAAAAGUUCUCGGGAUUCCCACAGGCCUUCCAGAUCCCUGUUGGUGAAGAUUGACCUAAGACUGCUCUCAAGGGUCCCCCCGACCCCGGGCAACCACCUGGAGACACCCAGCAUUGCAAAGAGAUCGGUACGGGUCAUAGAGCAAGAUGGAGGGGGCAGGGAUGCUUCUGUUACGCACAAACUCUCCAAAACCAGCACAAAGAGCAGAUCUCAAAAUGUCGAAGUAGACCAUGCAUCUCUUCCACGGAAGAAACAGAGGCUGGAAAACAAGAAAACCUCAUCAACGCAUGCUCCUCUCAAACCGGAGCGUUCCUGCAAUCCAAAAGAUGACACAGACCGAAAGAAAGCCCCUGUUCCUCUGCAGCAGCCCCUGACGCACAAAGACGCUGCCAAAGGCCCAAAGAUGCACAAACGCAGUUCUGGUGAAACUCAGCAGACCAGUAAAAAGGCUGUGAAGAGCAAAGACCCAGACACCAAGCACAAGAAGAGCAGGGGAAAGCACGCAGAGCCCCCACAUUGUGUAAAGCAGAAGUCCCCAAAGAGCAACCCCGGCAUCCCGUCCUCCUCACAGCCCACCGGGAAAGCUUUGAGCAACCGGCCCCUGUUCAGAUCGGAGGAGAGGCAGUAUCCAGUGAAGCAUUACAUAAAGGAAGCAAAAAAACUGAAGCACAAAGCAGAUGCAGAGUCAGAUAAGCUCAGUAAAGCUAUCAAUUACUUGGAUGCGGCCAUGUACUUCGUUGAAAGUGGCAUUGCCAUGGAAAAAGAUCCACACAUUUCAGUAUCUUCCUACACUAUGUUUGCAGAGACAGUGGAACUGCUCAAGUUUGUACUGAAACUUAAAAAUUCAGUGGACGCCUCUGCUUCUCCCUCAGAAAAGGACUUUUUAUCUUUGUGCCUGAAGUGCCAGUCUCUUCUGCAAAUGGCCAUGUUUCGUCACAAACAAAAAACUGCACUCAAGUAUUCAAAGACCCUCACUGAUCACUUCAGCAACUCGACACCUCCCGAUCCAUCUGCAGUACCUUUCAAAGUGACCGUGACCCCGUCCUACAUCCCCAACAUGCCGUCUCCGGCCAACACGUCCAGCAGCUCCAGCGGCUCGGGCCUGGACCCCGUCAGCAGCACCGUCCUCAUCCCCCACGCCAUCGGACAGGUGGCCUUCAACUACGUCAACAUCACCGUGUUAUUCGUGAGCGCUCAUGACAUCUGGGAGCAGGCGGAGGAGCUGGCACUAAAGGGCAGCGGUAUGCUGAGCGAGCUGGACGCCGUCAUGGGCCCGCUGAGCCUCGCGUCCAGCAUGAGCUCCAUGGUGAGUUACGCCAGGCAGGCCGUCCACUGGCUGAGGCUGGACAGCCAGAAGGGGAAGUGACCAGCGGGAUACCGGACCUUUUUUUUUUUUUUAUCUUCUCUCCUUUGGCUCAUUGUGUCGACGUGGACCGUCCCUCAGGCCUGUACCCGCUCUCUCUACUUCACAUGAACUCAUCUCUCCGGGAAAAAGAAAAAAAAAGAAAACAAAGAUGUCCCGUCAUGUGCUGGACGCCACAUGAACAUUGCACUUGUUAUUUAUGUUUCCCCUCACGUCCACUUCGGUGUCUCUCACUUUAUCUCUUGCACUUUUAUGAACAUAGUUUUCUUCUGCUGUAAUCUUCAUCUUUCAUGUCCCGUUAGUUAGUGAUUGUAUUAGAAUCAGUUGUGAAUCACAACUCUAUAUUCAGGAGUGACCGUAACUACAUAUGGAUGGACGCGCAUGAAAUAUAACUGAGUGCCAUUCGGCGGCGCUGAAAUCCUCCCCUGGCCGAUCAUGUAUUGCUAGUUCUGAAACAUUUUAUUUAUUGUCACAUGUUCAUCACCAUACUCCUUGUUCCAAUGUAUCAUGAACUUAAAAUAACUUCUCUUCAAAAGAGGACAUUUUGGCGCGCUCUGAAAGAUCAGUUUGAUUUUGAUUCAAGGAUUUUGUAUUCUUUAAAUUCAGCAUUUCAUUUCUCCAACACUUCCGUGGGGAAGACUUUUCUUAUAACUUUUGCACUCGUGACAAGUCCUGAUGUUGACUUUGUAGAAGUCAGACAUGGGGAUAUUAAGCCAGAUAGCAUUAGUUUUUAAAUUUUCAGUCAUUUACGCAGCUCUGGAUGGAUCUGAACACGUCUCUUGUGCAAUAAGACAUUUCAAUUAAAAAGGGCCGUACUAUUAAUCAAUCACUCUCCCAUAACUAAAAACGGGUAGGUCGAAUGUUACUCGUGAGUUUUAUCUGGUGACAGGAGUCCAGCCUGCGAGGUUCAGACUUUGAUGAAAUCGCUGCGUAUCGGAUGUAACCGCAGAAUCGGAAAUCUGAAGGUGGUCCCGUUUCUCCGGGAUCAUCUUGGCUCUCGUCAUGUAGUUCUGUUGAUUUGACGUUUUGAAGCUCAGGAUCAAGUCGUUUGACUUUUGUCAGACCAAAGCAGACUAUUUUAUUCUUCCGUCAUCGUGUUCCAAGUUACACAUGUGCCCUCCCAUCUAAUGAGUUAUACAAGCACAUACUUCAGUAAACAUCCAAACUACUUGCAAGAACAAAAAAAAGGGGGCAGGUGUGGUAUUUUUAAUCCUGAUGUUCCUUUGAUCUUGUUGAGUUAGUGGGACCAGCACAACAGACACCAGGAAGCUGUUUCUCCACACUUUUGUUGAGUUGCGUUGACUAAAUCUGUGUGAGUAGAAUAGAAAAAGCCACACAAUAGCUCUCUAAAGAUUGCACUUUGCAUGUUGGAGCAUUAUUGGAAAAAUCACACCGAGUUGCAGGACUGUGAGUCUCUUCUUUAGUAACUUCCAUUUGAAGCAGUAACGCGUGAGUUUUGUUGGUUCUCAUUUUUUAGUGCAGUGUUGACGUUAUUAGGUUCCUGAGGGGAUUUGAAAAUAAUCAGUGAUGAUUUUCUAGAGAAAAGGGCUAAACAAGUAUCGUAAAAGUGCUCAUGACUUUAUUUUCUCACAUAAAUGCUAAAGUGAUAUUUUUUUCAAGGAGCUAGAACACUUGUGCCAUUUGGGAUUACUUGGAUGUACCCACCAUCAUCAUCUUCAGGCUUGUGUGCACUGCACACAAUGUUAUUUUGACAUUCGCCUUGUUCAUAAAUAGUGCAACUUCAGCUGUUUCUUGUCUUCUGCAUCGUGUGGCUUUAUUUCCAUCAUCCUCCUCGAUUGUUGGUGCUUCAUUUAUGAAUUACUCUGCAAGUUUACACUUCUUGACAAAUAAUUAUUUACCGUACAAAUGUUCAAAAACACUUAUGAAGGAUGCUCUCUUCCUGUUGUGAAAUAUGUAAAGAAUUUGUGCAGCAGUGUACAUAAAUGAAUAAACACUGAAAAUACAUGUUUAAUCUUAA